CGGCCGUCGGGCGUCCAGGGAAGCCAAUGGCCGACUGAAGGUCCGUGGCCAAUCGGGCGGAUCCGGAAGCGGCCUGGCGAUCAGGAUGGCGGCGAGCGGCGGCCCGGCGCCCGGCGGGGCCGGCCUGGUGCAACUCAACGUGGGCGGCCGCAGGUUCUGCACCUCCCGCCAGACGCUCGCCUGGGUGCCGGACUCCUUCUUCUCCAGCCUGCUCAGCGGCCGCAUCUCCUCGCUACGGGACGAGACCGGCGCCAUCUUCAUCGACCGGGACCCCGGCCUCUUCGCCCCCAUCCUCAACUUCCUCCGUUGCAAAGAGCUGGAUUUCAGGGGGAGCGACCUCUCGCUGCUGCUGCACGAAGCCCAGUUCUACGGAAUCACGCCUCUCAUUCGCCGCCUGCAGUUGCACAAGGAACUGGAGCGGUCCUCUUGCGGGAGCGUCCUGUUCGAGGGUUACCUGCCCCCUCCUUCUGUGUUUCCUGCCAAGCGGUGGAACCGUCACAGCAUCACGGGGGGACAGUUGGCUGCCCGGCCAGGCAACCCCCUGGUGCGCCGGAGCAACACCAUGCCUCCCAACCUUGGCAUCGGAGGGCUUCUGGGGAGAAUGGAGGAGAGGAGCAUGGCAGCCGGAGCCACAAAUGAUCCAGGUAUGGUUCGUCUUAUCUGUGGCCAUCAUAACUGGGUCGCUCUGGCUUACGUUCACUUCCUUAUCUGCUACAAGAUGAAGGAGACCUCUGGCUGGCAGCUGGCUUUCUGUAGCCCCCGGCUGGACUGGGUAAUCGAGCACGUGGCAUUAAAUGCCCGGGUGCUUGGUGGGUCCCUGGGUGAUAGUGACAAAAUGGUGGCUGCUGCCUCCUGCAGCGAAAUCCUUCUAUGGGCCCUUCAGCCUGACGGGAACGGCAGUGAGAUUGGAGUGUUCUGUUUAGGGGUCCCCCUAGAAGGUCUCUUCUUUGUUGGCAGCCAGCUUAUUGCCACCAGCCACACGGGCAAGAUUGGCGUCUGGAACGCAGUCACCAAACAUUGGCAGAUCUCAGAGGCUGUGAGCUCUGGCUCUCUGAUCUUCCUGUCCUCACCAGUUGCUCCACCUCCCCAGACUCAAGAUGUGGUUCCCAUCAACAGCCAUGAUGCUGCGGGCUCCUUCUUGCUCCUGGGCUGCCACAAUGGCUCCAUCCAUUAUGUUGAUGUUCAGAAGUUCCCUCUGCGCAUGAAGGACAAUGACCUCCUGGUGACCGAGCUGUACCGUGACCCUGCAGAGGAUGCGGUCACUGCCCUCAGUGUCCACCUCACACCCAAGAGCAGCCACAAUGGAAAUUGGAUUGAAAUUGCCUAUGGCACCAGUUCAGGGAUGGUACGAGUGAUUGUCCAGCACCCAGAGACAGUGGGCUCGGGACCCCAGCUCUUCCAGACCUUUGCUGUUCAUCGUAGCCCUGUCACCAAGGUGAUGCUGUCAGAGAAGCACCUUAUCUCAGUCUGUGCUGAUAGCCACGUACGGACAUGGACGGUGACUCGAUUCCGUGGGAUGAUUUCUACGCAGCCAGGCUCCACCCCGUUGGCUUCCUUCAAGAUUCUGGCCCUGGACUCGGUGGACGGGCAGGGGGGCUGCAGUGCGGGCACAGACAUUGGGCCUUUUGGCGAGCGCGAUGACCAACAAGUGUUCCUCCAGAAGGUGGUUCCAGAUGCCAGCAAGCUAUACGUGCGCCUCUCCUCUACUGGGAAGAGGAUAUGCCAGGUGUGCUCAGUUGACGGCUCAUCCAUCACAGCCUUCCUGGUCCAGGAGUGCGAGGGCUCCAGCCGCAUUGGUUCCCGUCCGCGCCGCUACCUCUUUACCGGCCACAGCAAUGGCAGCCUCCAGAUGUGGGACCUCACCACAGCGAUGGAGAUGGGGGAUCAACCCCCAGAUUGUGGUGGCCUCGCAGAAGAAGAGCUGCUGUCUGAGUUGGGGCAGUGUGACCUGGCCCUUACCCACACCCUGGAAACGAGUCCUACGGGGUCUUUCACUCUCUCCAGUACUUCUGGCAUCAGCCGCCCCCAAAACCGAGACGUCGAUGGGACCUGUGAGAAGCCAUUGAAAGCCUCUCCAGCCAGGUUGGACUUCCAGCAAGGAGACUGCCACCGACAACAACUGGGCAGGAACUUCUUGGACCAAUCCGCCAAGGGCCAGUGGAUCAGCCACUCUCGGGGAGGGCUCUCUGCUAGCCUUCUGAGCCAAAGAUCGCCCAGUCCCCAUCCUGCUCCCCUGGAGCCCACCCUCCCCCUAGCCCCAUCCAAAGUGCCACUCAGUGAAACUUCUUUCUGACCUCUGGCUGUUCUUGGGGAGCAAGAGAGCCAGCGGGAACCCCUGCUGCUGCUGCAUCCCACCUCUUGCAACUCCCAUGGCCUGGAGCUCAAUGGAGUGGAGCCUGCCGCAGAGCUGCCCACCCCACUUCCUUCAGGGCUCCUCACCUGGGAACUCUGUCCCAAGCCCUUUCCAAGGCUCUCGGGGCCUUAGUCCUCUGGCAGGGUCCUUUUUUUCUUCUCUCUGGUGUGCAAGAGCAGACUGGAUUAGGUGGUAACACGUGGCCUCUGCGAGGCUGCCCCCUCCCUCCUGUUUGUGAAAAGCCAAAGAUACUUAUGAGCAAUAAACACCACCCCUCUUCAACUGCC